AUGUACGCCAUUCUGCAGGUGGGGUCGCAGGCCUACGCGCACCGCCUGUUCCUCUACGCCACGUCAACCACGCUCAAACUGUUCCCCUUGGGGGCGGUGGCGGGCGCGGAGGAGCUAGGGCCGCACACGGACCACCAUGGGGCGGCGCUGGUGCUGCUGCGCGGCUGCUGCCUGUCCCCGGGGGAGAUGGCAACAUUAGUCGACUCCACCUUCCUCAGCAGGUGA